CUUUAUAGGGGCAUCGACGCCGCUGCUGCUGCUGUAGUUUCUGUCGCAGUUAAGAAGCGAGGGGUGAAGUAGCUGAAGGCAGUGAAAGUUCUGGAUUAAGAGGAGAAGAAUGUCAUACCUGAAGCACUUUUUUAUUCUAGUCUCCAUGCGCUGGCUCGUGGCUGCUGAAACAGAAGCGAUACAGAGCAAGAGAAUGCCUGCUGUAUUUUGCACCUUCAAAGAGAAGACAUACUACCCAGGGGACAGUUGGCAUCCCUAUCUGGAGCCUUUCGGAUUCAUGUUCUGCAUGCGCUGUGCUUGCACUGAAUCUGGUCAUGUGAAAUGUAACCCCAUCAAGUGUCCUGUUCUGAGAUGUGAGAAUCCUGUGACCGACUCUCAGCAGUGCUGCCCACACUGUGCAGAUGAGCACAGAACUCCAGCUGGUUUAAGGGCUCCAAUCAAAACCUGUCGAUACAAUGGAACUGUAUAUCAAACAGGGGAGACUUUCACCAAUCAUGACCUCUUCCCAUCACGACAGUUCAACCAGUGUGUCAUGUGCACAUGCUCGAGUGGAAAUAUUUUCUGUGCACUGAAAACCUGUCAGCCCAUCACAUGCUCUUCACCUGUCUCUGUUCCAGAAACUUGCUGUUUAGUUUGCAAAGAGGGUCCGACUGAUAUCAAUUCAUCAUCAUAUGGGGAUGGAGCACAGCAGCUGAAUAGAGGAGUGAGGCAUUCUGUGGAUCAGUGCUCCAGAGAGCAGGCGAGGAGCCGCGCUGUGAGGGCCACUCCGUCCACACUGAGAGGCUCACUUAGAGGCCUCAACCUGCACACGCUGCACCUGAAAGGAGCUGCUGAAACCACUGUGAAGAUCCUCCUGCAGCGCAAGCAUCAAAGAGCUUGCGUGUACAGUGGGAAGACCUACUCCCACGGUGACGUGUGGCAUCCUGUGCUGGGGAAGGUCCUGGAGUGCAUCCUGUGCACCUGCAGGGACGGCCUUCAGGAGUGCAGACGCGUCACCUGCCCCAGCCAGUACCCCUGCAAACAUCCCGUCAAGAUAGAGGGCAAGUGCUGUAAGAUUUGCCCAGAGAGUAAGAGUGAGAGCAACAGGACAGAGUGUUAUCUGGGGCAGGAUAAUAACAGUCUCCUGGUGUAUAAAGUGGAACCGAGAUCAGCCGCUCAGACGGAGGAUGCGGUGAGGAUCAUCGCUAUCGAGCGACAAGGAGCCACAGCCAUCGAGGUGCAAGUAUGGAAAACAGUAGAAGGGGUGCUGCAUUUAAUGGAGACGGGUGAUGUCGAGAAAAAGGAUCUAAUAGAGCGUCCGGAGAACUACGUGCUUCUCACUACAUUAGAUGAGGACACCUGGAGAAAGUUCAAAGAAGAGGAGGACAAGGAGCGAGACAUGAACGGGAGCAGGACCUGUGAAGAUGGCAUUAAGGAGGUAGUCAAGUACCUAAACCCUGAGCAGCUGGACACUCUUUGUGCUUCGUAGUCUGUGUCCGCACUGUCCUGGAUAUAUACAGUACAUAUCAUGCCUCCUGUCUCCUACACCACCUUUCUUAUUAUCAGUAAAAGAGAAUACACAUACUGUACAUAAAAAAAUAGUGCAAAAACACACAUGCAGGCAGAAGAUAGCUCUCAUGUUUAUCACUAGGAGUCAGCUCAGUCCAACUUUACCGUCGUGUGCGAGAUGUAGAUUUCAUAGGGACCUUAAACUGGAGUGAAGUCAGCAGUGGGGUCUUUUGGAAAUGAGGGAACAUAUUGUGAACAUAUACAGAUGUAUUGGUUCUACGUGUGUCAGUAUUACACUUCUAUAGUUCUGAAGGAUUUAAUGAAAUGAAAGGGUUUAAUGUAUUCAUGUUAAUUAAAGAACAGUUCAUGUAUGUGACUGUAGCAAGCAACCACUGUAUUUGUACAGUACAUAAAAGAGUAAAGUAGACAGCUUAUUGGCCAGAAUACUUUUAUAAAGUUGAUGUAGGCCACAUUGUGUUUUUUUUAGCACUGUCAUUAGUCGUACACUAUACAAUAUACUAUAUACCAUGAAAAUCAACUAUUUAUUGUAAAUGCAGAGUAACAAACAUCAUUUUGACAAAAAUCAA